UUGGUCAACAUCUAGGAGGAGGAGGAGAGGAAGAGGCACAGUUCAUGGCGAAGCCAUGGCAAGGAAAUCCCCUGUCUCUUCUUCUUCUUCUUCUUCCAUCACAAGUUGUUCUAGCUCUACUGCUACUACUCCUUUCCUUAAGGAGUGCAGUUGAAUCCAAAUGUGUGCUCUUCAACUUUGGCGACUCGAAUUCCGACACCGGUGGCUUCGCCGCCGGCCUCGGCUUCUACCUCGGCCCACCGUCCGGCCGGCAGUUCUUCCACAAGACGACCGGCCGUUUCAGUGACGGCCGCCUGUACGUCGACUUCAUCUGUGAGGGGUUGAAGAUGAGCUACUUGAGCCAUUACUUGGAGUCCUCAGGCUCAAACUUUUCUCAUGGAGUAAACUUCGCAGUAGUUGGAGCAGCAGUCGAUCUGCCUGGAAAUCCCUUCCCUUUAUCAACUCAGGUGCUUCAGUUCCUUCACUUCAAAAACCGCACCCGUGAGCUCAUGACAGAAGGCUCAGGAUCUUUAGUCAAUGAGAAAGAGUUUAAGAAUGCAGUUUAUAGCAUUGACAUAGGCCAGAAUGAUCUUGCCAAGGCCUUCUAUUUGAACUUGAGCUACCCACAGGUCCUCCUCAAAAUCCCAACCAUGCUAAACAAGAUCGAAGAUGCCAUUAAGUCUAUGUUCGAAAACGGAGGUAGGAAGUUUUGGAUCUACAACACUGGGCCUCUCGGCUGUUUACCUCAGACGCUUGCGUUGCAUAGAAAGAACGACAGCCAGCUGGAUGCAUUCGGAUGCCUCUCGGCUUAUAACGAUGCGGCUAAAGCCUACAAUUACGGACUGAGCGACCUCUGUGAGAAGAUGAGACAGGAGUUGAAGAACGCAGUCAUCGUCUACGUCGACAUGUUCUCCAUCAAGUACGAUCUCAUAGCCUACCACACGCAGUACAGCAUCGAGAAGCCAUUGAUGGCUUGCUGCGGCCAUGGCGGUCCGCCGUACAACUACAAGGAGAGGAUGACCUGCGGCCAACCUACAGCGACGGCUUGCCCGGAGGGAUCCCGGUAUGUGAGCUGGGAUGGAGUCCAUUAUACUGAAACUGCUAAUGGCAUUAUCGCUUCCAAAGUACUGUCCGCGAAGUACUCGCAGCCACAGACCGAUCUGAGAAGCCUCUGUGAAGAACAAACAACAGAUUAAAUUCAGAUGAUAAGCAGUACUUUUUUGUUGAUGAUUUAGUAUAUGGCUUCUUGGAUUUUGUUUUGCUCUCUCAUGUGCUGCUAUGACAAUGGUCAAAUAAGCUACACAUUGGCUUUAGCUGUG